UCGCCCAGCAGAGGAGCCCGACCGCGCUGGCCAUGGCCUCCAACUUUAACGACAUAGUCAAGCAGGGCUACGUGAAAAUCCGCAGCAGGAAGCUGGGGAUUUUCAGACGAUGUUGGUUGGUUUUUAAGAAGGCUUCUAGCAAGGGACCCAGAAGGCUAGAAAAAUUUCCAGAUGAAAAGGCAGCUUAUUUCAGAAACUUUCACAAGGUAACUGAACUGCACAACAUCAAAAAUAUUACCAGACUGCCUCGAGAGACAAAGAAGCAUGCAGUGGCAAUUAUCUUUCAUGACGAAACGUCAAAGACAUUUGCUUGUGAGUCAGAGCUGGAGGCUGAGGAGUGGUGCAAACACCUUUGCAUGGAAUGCCUGGGGACAAGGCUGAACGAUAUCAGCCUAGGGGAGCCUGACCUACUGGCAGCAGGCGUGCAGCGGGAACAGAAUGAACGAUUCAAUGUUUAUCUUAUGCCUACACCCAACCUGGAUAUUUAUGGUGAAUGCACAAUGCAGAUCACUCAUGAGAAUAUCUAUCUCUGGGAUAUCCACAAUGCCAAGGUCAAGCUGGUGAUGUGGCCUCUUAGCUCACUAAGAAGAUAUGGUCGGGAUUCAACGUGGUUCACCUUUGAGUCAGGAAGAAUGUGUGACACAGGAGAAGGCCUAUUCACUUUUCAAACAAGGGAAGGAGAAAUGAUCUAUCAGAAGGUCCAUUCUGCAACACUGGCCAUAGCUGAGCAACAUGAAAGAUUAAUGCUAGAAAUGGAGCAGAAGGCCCGGCUUCAGACAAGCUUGACUGAACCAAUGACAUUAUCGAAAUCCAUCUCUCUUCCUCGUAGUGCAUACUGGCAUCACAUUACGCGUCAGAACAGCGUUGGAGAAAUCUACAGCUUGCAAGGUCAUGGGUUUGGCUCAUCAAAGAUGUCCAGGGCACAGACAUUUCCAAGUUAUGCUGCAGAACAGAGUGAAGAGGCUCAGCCACCAUUGUCUCGGUCCAGCAGCUAUGGAUUCAGCUAUAGCUCCAGUCUGAUUCAGUGACAUACAGAGGCCACCACUGACCAGCAAAACAGUCUGCCCUGGACCUUCCAUGGGGUCAUUUCACCCUGUGUAUCCUGGAAGAUCAAUUGCGGUACAAAUUAACAUUGGUAGGGCCUAGUCCCAACUGAACGGUUAAAAACUGGAGUUCUGCUUCCUUGAUUCAGUGGUUAAGUCCUUUAUUUAUUGAAUUUCUAUGGGGGAAAUCUAUGUUUUACAAAAGAUUCCAAUAAUAUAAACAAUCAUUUCAAUAAGAAAAAUUCUUUGUGUCUGACAGUAGCAGAAGCCUCGGCACUGGGAAAUUUGCCCACUCUAGUUUGUGCCUGGUUGGGGUCACCAACAUUUGUCCUUAAGACUGUUUGCUCCUGUUUCGACACAGGGCCUGUCUUUAAACACAAUAAUGACCCACUCUAAGCUCUGUGGCUUUUUCAAUUUUGACAGAAACAAAUCAUGUAAUCGCUACUCAUGGCAUCAUAACUCUCCAUGUAAAAAAGCCCAGUGACAAUUAAGAGGCUGUUAAAUUAGAAUAUUCUUUUAAGAAGGACCCUGUAGCUCGAGUGUGUGUGUGGGUAUGUGUGGGGGGAUGUCUGUAUGUCUAUGUGUCUGUGUGUCUGUGUAUGUAGGAUAUUACUAUAUUCAUCUACAGAUUAGGAUAUAUCAAAUGUGCUAAGGGUGACAGGAUAUGCUCACUUAAAUUAUUGAAAACUAAUUUGUCACAUUAAAAUUAUGUUGAAUAGCUGUUUUUAAAUUAGUGCUGUUAGAAAAUGAAAAAGGCCCCCUGUUAACGACAGUAUCUCUGUAGCCCACUCUGAUCCUAUGAGGAUUAUGAGCAGAAACACAAGAAGGAAGCAUUUUGGAAACAAGGUUAUCAGCCCAGCUGUCCUGUGUGUCCGUUGCGCUCCUGUCUGGUUGAUGUUGCCUUGUCAUUGACUGUUUCUUCCAUCUGUGCUACUUGAGAAAUUGGUGUAAUCUCCAACUCCAAAAUGUUUGAGAAAGACACAAAGCUACCCUGAAAAUGAACUCAGCUAUCUUGCAGUUAAAAGAAGAACAAAUGAUACAUGAAAGUAGAUGUUUUAAGUUUCACAGAGGAAUUUUUGCAUGGGUCAUCAGGGGCUUGGCAUUUGCUAUGGAAUCAGAACUUGCAUGGCUUGAAUUUUUCUUGCCCUGAGCUCGAUUGGUUGGGAUGGAAAGAGAAAAUGUUUGGCUUGCAAUUUUUUUUCAGUUCUACAACAUGAGAAUAUCCAAGUUUGGAAGGAAAUGGAAAAUUCCUCUCAAAGAGAGAAAGUUUGGCUAGUUCAGGUCAACAUAGACAUAUUUUGACCAUAAUUUAGUGAGUGAAAAUAUAAAUUACUCUGUCUGACUCAGCUGGUGUGAGGUGCCUAAACCAGAUAUCUGUCAGGGAAUACAGAUCAGAUUUCUGAACAGAAGGUCAAGGUCAAGAAAGAGGAAAACCUGACUUUUUCAUUGAUAGCAAAAUGUUCUACCGAACUUAAUCUACUAAAAGGGUACCUUUUUGCUGAUCCCUCUUAAGAUUUCAUUCAUCCUGAGCCAGGCAGUAGUGGCACAUGCCUUUAAUCCCUUCACUUGGGAGGCAAAGGCAGGCAAAUCUCUGUGAGUUCCAGGCCAGCCUGGUCUACAAGUGCUAGAUCCAGGAUGGGCUCCAAAGUUACAGAGAAACCCUAUCUCAAAAAAAAAAAAAAAUACAUUUCAUUCACCCUGAUCCAUAGCUUGUGAGCAGAUUGACAACUCCUUUCAGUGAAUUACUACUGAGUCUACUGAGUUAAGUGGUUAUGCAUUCCUUCUUAAUAAAUGUGCACUUACUGCAACUACCUACGCUCCCCAAAUCACUCAGAUAGGUAUGAAAACCUCAUAAAGAGACUAAUCAUAAGAGUUAAUGUUGCCAUGAAAAAUAAUUAUCGUAAGCCUUCAGGGAUAAAAAGAAAAUUACCCAAACUCUACACUGUUAAUUUUGCUGACACAGCAGAAGAGCACAUGACUGAGUCCUUCUGAGGAGAGAGAAGGCAGCCUUCCCUGGAAUCCAACAUUUCAGGGUUCAUGCCUCUAGGUUUCUUUAACACACGGCAUCUUCUGUAGACAUGCCAUUAGUAAAUAUAUCAGAGCAACUCUGAGCUGAGACUCUUCGAGCACAGUUCCUAGUGUGGCCAUUGGAGCAAGCCUUGCCCUGGCUCACUGAGUUGAGCUGUUGCUUAGAGACCACGAGUUUCUUCAAGGGACUUAUGGGGAAAGGUCCUGAGGGGCCUUGAUUCACAUCUCAGCUUUAUCAAUGUGCCAGAAGCACAGAUAGCAAGUCCGGUGGGAUUCUGCUAAUUACGAGUCUGCUCUUGUGUUUCUCUGGUGGGUGACAAGUACCCGCAUAAAGUAGCUUCACCAUUUGGUUACUAACAAUGAGUAUCAAUGAGAAGGAACCAAAAAUCAUGUAUAAGUUUAGAUCAUUUUUUUCUGAAAAUAAAGUCAAAAAAAGUGUGUGAGAGAGGUACCUUCUUAGGCUUUAACAUAAUUUCAUCAUAUUGAGAAUAAUACUGUAAAAAUAUUUCAUGAUACAUUUUUAGGAGCUUUAUUCUAGCAUAAUCCUCUGAGUACAUUUAAAACUUUAGCUAAGUCAAAACUGCAAAGAAAGCAGCAAGAGAAUUCAUAGUACCCUGAUAUUCUUAACAUGAGGCAGUGUUCAUUGUAAUAAAAGAGACAAACAGAUGAACCUAUAAAAACCAAAGAUGGAAAGAUAUUUUUGACAGUCUCCUGGAGCCUCAUAAAACCAUUCCACCACAGUUACUAGAAUGGCUAUGGGCAUAUCUUAGCCCACCAGAGCCUGUAGGUUCUUGAUUGAAGACGCCUCUAUACUUUGCAAACUAUUCUCCCUUCAGAAAUUGUAUUAUACCCUAAAUGUACUUGUGACUUUCUUAUUGUGAAGGAGAGACUGCUAUGCACCAAAGAAAUCUUUUGGCCCCUUUUGAGUAUGACUCAGUUGGGCUUCCACUCAGAUUUAUACAGAGUGAUAAGGUUACUAUACCUAUAGCAAGUUCUUAGAGACCAGUGAAGAGGAAGGCUGACAGGCAUGAUAAAGUCUCUUCUAGAAGCAAACCAAACCUGAAGGUAUACAUGUUUCACUUAAAUAUUUUAUGAGAGCUGGUUUUUCUACCCUAGUGUUUUUCUUCUGAUAAUAUACAUACAACCUGUAACACAUACUUAUCAUUGUGGUAAAUAUGCAGAGUAAACAACCUUGGUCCACUAUUUUUACAAUUCUGGUGGCAUGGGGGUUUGUACAAAACCACAUUUUUCACCAAGUGACUGAAGAAAAAAUAGGCACUCAGUAAUAAUAUACUUAGACCAGUUGGAAAUAGUUUUGAAUCAGUAGCUUCUGGCCACUGCCAUAAUUUGAAAUUAAUAAAAUAUAAAAUAGAUAUCUAGAGUGAGCCUUUGCUGGUUCAGAAUUAAACCAUUGUUUCAUAUAUUAGGUAAUAUGUUGUUUGAUAGAGCAUGUGAAAAGAAGAGAAGCAUAUUUAUUAGGACUAAACCUUUCCUUGUUCUAGUAUCUAGACUACUAGUACCAGUGUGUAGUUCUUUUGACUUCACUGGAUAUUUUGUUUGAAAAUAAUUCAUCCUCCUUAUAAAAUGACCAGCCAUUCAUAUCUCUCAUCUGACAUAGAAGCAGUGAGGUAACCAGUACCUUCACACUGUUAGCUGUAGACUUUACAAUCCUAUUUAUUGCAUGUGGUAUCCUUGUAGUGGAUAUUAAAAAUACAUCACAAAGAUCAAUGUCUAACCCUUAUUCUUUGACCAAGAUCUCACAAAAUAUUGUUUUGAAGAAAGCAUGAAUAAUUUGUUUCUUUGAUUACUGGAACCACUUACAAAUUAGCCAAUAGUGCUACAGUGAAAACAAGCUAAGGAAACUACACUAUUGUAAGAAAUUGUAGUCCAGUCUUGACUAUUCUAACACACCAGUAUAAAUGGGCAAUAUUCAUUCAGUGGUCCUGAGGUUUAGGCCUUUAAUUUUUCAUGUCUUAUAAAGUACAAAUAUAAUGUUAAUGACUGCUUCAAAUCUAUUAAUGUGUCUAUCAAAAUAGUGCAAUGACAACUUAUUUUUUAUAAUUAUUAGCUACAUAAUCUUUGGACGAUCACCUUCUCAAAAAAUAGACCCAGAAAAGUGUCAUUUGAGUAUGUACUCAUAUUUUUUAAAGUGAUAUACUAUACAAAUUAAUGUCAAUCCUAUGAAAUUUAUAAUGUAUUCAUAGGCUAUGAAAUUUAUUAGAAUUCCCCAUGGAAGAAAUAAAGUCAAAGGGAAAUGAUCAAUCAGUAGGAUAAUUUGAGCAAAAUGAUAAAGAAUCCACUGUCACAACCUGCAUAACUCUUGAACCCUACUUUUCCAAGAUUCUAACUUCAUACUUUGUGGUAUGGAUUUUGCUUUCUUCACUGCUUGCUAUUCAUCUAGUAUUAUGCGCAGCUUAAAAAUAUAUAGUCACAUUAUGUCUUGACAUAAGCAUAGAAAGCACAGUACCAACUUCAGCUUUCAGUUUGUGAAAAAAAAAUUAACACAAAAGAAGCUAUGUAAGCUACAAUUUUAGCAAUACAGGAAUUGCGUUCUGAAAGCAAUCUCUUGGGAAUUUCACCAUAUUGUUGUGUUAUCAGUGAAAAUGGCUGGUUGCUCAGUGUGUGAUGAGAAACACAUAUCACCAUAUCUGCAUACUCUGUAAAUGGAUUAGAAAGAUCCUUUGUGUGUGUGUAUUUACCACAAGCCACAUUUUCUUACUCAAAAAUAUAAACCUUGAAACUUUUCUACAAUCAUUCUCAAAGAAAAAGGCUUAAAUAGUUGAACAAGUUUUUGCAAGAAUCUUGAGAGAGAAACCAGGCAUUUUUUUUUUUUUUAGAUAGGCUUAAGCAGUAGCAGCAAUUUAAAGGUCAUACAGAGUGAAGGAUUUGCUUUAUGUUUCCCUGGAAGAAAACUGAAACCUGUGGGUGUUGUAAUUUGUUCAGAGGCAAUAGACAGCUGGGGAUGCUUUUCUCCUGUUUCAGACCGUGACUGUUCCCUGGCUCCACCCAUCUCUCAGCAGAACGUAUUGGAAACUGGAGAAUAACAUGUGGCCUCAGAAUACUUAAGCCUUUGUAUGCUGAAGUGCUUGCCUUUCCUUUUUACAUUUUUCUUCCUCUUGGACUCAUCACCAAGGAUAUGCAGAAAGUUUCUUUGUGUGUAAUUCACUGCAUUGAUUGCUAUAAGCUUUCCAUUUAUAGAUUGUCAUCAAGUACUUUAUUACCUCAAAUAAUAAGCAAAGUAAAAGUUAAGGAGACUUUUGUUGUUCUUUGAUUACUUUUUGUCAUAUUGUUUUUACCCCACUAACAGCUCUGUGGUAACCGUGAUUAUUAGUUUGGAGUUCCUUAUCCCUCCAGAGGACAUUUUUGGUUCCAUUGUCAAUGACGUUUGUCACAAUUGUGUUAGAUAAAUGAUUGCAUUAGGGCUACCUUCUUUCAUGGAAACCUCACAAUUUCCAUUCUCAAAAAAUUGAGAGAAUAGAAUUUUUAAUAUCCAUCAAGUGUUAUGCACUUAAGUAGGCAAUUAUUUAAAUUAUAUGAAAUUUAAAUAAAAAAGAAAAAAUAGUUUCAGAUACUGUCCCCAAGCUUAAUGUAGUAUGAUCUUGUAAAUAUUUGUAAAGGAAAAAUUCACUUGUAUAGAAAUAUCCCCUGUAGUAAUUUCACAUAUACAAUAAGUUUUAAUUUUAAAUUAUUUAAUUUUCUUGGCCAACAUCACUAAUCUGAAGUGUUCAUGCUGAUUGUCGGAAAAAUAAUUUAUUUAAAAAUGUUAUCACUUUCUGAACAAAUUUUAGUGGAUAAUACAAAUAACUUAAAUAUCUGUCUCUCUCAGGAUGGUUUUAGAUAGAGCACAUAAAAUUAACUCUCUCUGUAGACAGAAUAUUUAUCACUAGAGUAAGCUACCGAGCUGUCAGCAGUGGUACAGUGGAUAAAAUUCUAUUACUGAAGUCACUUAAGGUAUCUAUAAUCUCAAAAGAAUCAAGUAUUUGAAUUUUAUAAACGCAAAUUCCAAGAAAAAAAUGAUUUAAUUUUAAGCUACUGCAGAAUCACUCUCAAAAGAACCAUCUUGAGAAAUUUAUACUUAUUAACGAUCACUUACUUGAUAACCUAACAAGAUGGCAAAGCAAAUAACACAGUGAUAUUAGUACUUUCAUAUUAAACAUAUAUCAGAACUGAAAAUGAUAAUUAUGAGAUACAAAUUAUGAUACAAAUAUGAUCAGUCAAAUCCAUAUCCAUAAAUCUAUUGCAUAGCUCAAUAAACAAUGCUUAAUAUGGACAAAAAGUAUAUAUAGAGAGAAGUAGAUUAAUGGCUAGAUGGGAGAAACAGAACACACUAGAGAUGAGCUUUAUGAUGUAGUUUGCUUUUUGCUAUUUCUUAGACACUGUUAUUUUAGCUGUAAGAGGCAGAAUAUGAACCACACACCAGCAAACCUGUUCUUCUGAACAUGAAGGCCAGUCAGUGUCAUCUUCACUGCAGGGGACAAAAGACCAUGACUCCCUUGUUCCUUCUCUGCACCCCAACCAACACACAUACUCAAAUUCACAGAUACACUCUUGACUUUUGACUUUUGACCCACUCUCUCCGUUUUCUGUGGGCACUUAUCGUUUUAAAGAAUCAUUUGUUAUAAAAUAUUUAUCCCUUUGGACCUCAAAAAUAUAUUAAAUUGUACAUUAUAUUUCUGCUUCUUGUAAAUCUUUAUUUAAAUAAUUUGUAUAUACUUUCUAAAGUCUACUGCUGAUUUGUUGUUAUAAAGAGAUAGCAUUUUUGUUGUUGAUCAAAUAUAAUGAUUAUGAAAAUUUUGGUAAAAUUAAUUAACAGGACAUUGAUCCAUGAUUAAGAGAUAAAACACCACCACAAUUUACUUCAAUUGGAAAACAUGAGUUACCAUGUCUUAUUCUUAGUUAUAAUCUAUUCCAAAUAAAUAGUCUAGGGAUAUCUGGACUUUAAAAAUUAGUUGAAACUCAACUUUUGAAUAAAAUGCAAAGUAAAACACUGUACAUGGAGAGUAAAUAUGAGUUUUUAAGCAUAAAAUGUUAUAAGGCAAUAAUAAAAUUAAGAACUUCAGUUGUUUUUAAGUUAGUGGGUGUGGUUUUUGCCCUUCACUAAAAGUACAUAGUUGAAGAAUUUGUUUUUCUUAAUUUAUCAUUUUAUACAUAUUUCAAUCAUUAAGAGAUACGCCUAGUCUAUUAUUAUUGAGUUCUUCUAAUUCCAAGAAAUUCACAAGUGGCAUUGAUACAAAGAGGAUAACAUGGUCGCACAACUUUAAAUUUUGCUUCAUUACUUUAAAAAGGGUAAAACAUCUGAUAUAUUAUUUUUCACCACAACUCUGCAUGAAUGAAAUUUUGAACUAAUUCAAUAGCUUUACCCAUAAUUUAUUUGGCUUUCCUAGCACUGUAAUAGUUAUUUCCGUUCAUUUUUGUCAUGUGAUGAAUGUAACUUUGUAAUUAACCAGAAUUCUGACAAUCAUAUCUUGCUAACCUUUAAAAUGUUAACUUCUUUCAUCGCUUAUGAGCUUGUGGUUUUCAAAAUAAAGUUAAAGAGAAUUCUUUAUUAUUUGUAAGGUUACUGAGAAUUUAUUAUCAAUUUCCAGUAUUUCUCUAACCUUAUAUUGCAAUAGAGUUAGAAUUCCAUUGGGUUGAAUUUGCUUUGAAGAAAUCAUGGAACAUUAGUAUUAACAAUGUCAAUACAAUUUAUUUAUUGUCUGAUUACAAGUGAAAAGACACCCAGAAAGCAUAAGUGACUUAGACAAUGUGAUGUAAUUGGACUUUGGGUUUUCUUCUAUCUUUCUGUUCACUCAUUGAGGGUAUUAAUUAAAAUUAAUAUUUGGCAGCAAGAUUGGACAUCAAAAUUAAAAUUCAUAUAAUGCUAACUGUCCGGUGGUGAGAUGAUUCAUGAUUUCCUUUGGUAAUUUUCUUCUCAUGAUACAGCAGUCUUUGUCAUUUGAAUGUAGCACUAUCUAGAUACACAUUUGCUGAGCCUGUUUCUCAAACUUGGUGGUUAAAUAUUAACUAAGCCCUUAUUGUUAGUUUCUUAAUGAUUAUUUCCCCUUCUAAAAAUGCAUGUCACUAAAGAAAGUUUCUCAAUUCUGGAGAAACCAAACUGAAUUGUAUAUCCUGAUCACACAGUCAAGUAAUGUGAAAGUUCCCUUUAUGAGGAACUAUAGCCACACAAACUUGCAAGAAAAACAAUAAAAAAAAAUGUCUAGGGUUGUUUGAUGCUACAUGGUUUGAAAAAAAAUGCUUAAGAGUGGAGUGAUAAUGACAAUAUCCAUUCUUUCUAAACAGCAAAUAAAACACAACUGAUUCUAAA